GUGGCAGGGACGAUGCUGAGCCGGCUUCAGGAGCUACGCAAGGAGGAGGAGACACUGCUGCGGCUGAAAGCGGUCCUGCACGACCAGCUGAACUGCCUGAAGGUUGAAGAGCUGGCCCUGCAGUCAAUGAUUAGAACUAGAAGAGGGGAUGAAGUGCUGCCUUCUCAACCUGCACCCGAACAGGCACAGGACAUGCUGAUGAAUGUGGACAAUGAAGCAUCGAUCGACCAAACUACUCUGGAGCUGGGCACAAGGAGCUGUGUGAUGGAAGAGGAGGAAGAGUCAGAUUCCUAAAGGAGAAGAGCCAGAGUUAGUUCUAUAACUUAAAUUUCAAGUGGCAAAAAAAAUUUUUUUCCGAA